AAGCUCUCUCCCUUCAGUCAGUCAAAAUGCGAAGCCUGCAAGUAUUAUUAAUUAGCUUGGGACUAUUCAGUUUAGUCGCCAGUCAAUCUUCGAGCCUGGACGGCUAUAUCUUGCAAAAUCAACGCCAAUAUGAUGCCAAAGUUAAGUCCUUCGAAGAUCAGUUGGCCAGCUUUCGGACUUUAUUCUCCAAGAGACAAGAGGUGAUAAACGUACAAGCUGAUUUGUUGCAACAAAAACUGGAGCAGGCAUCUGCCCAGUGGGAUCCCAUCGCCCUGAUCGACGGAUGGAACAAGCAGUGUGUCCAGAACUAUACCUCCACUAUUCCAACGGUGACUGUCAUGAGAACAGCGAUGGCCAAAUGUCCGGAGGCAAUCACUGGGGUUUUGAACAAUGCGGAAAGUACCUACAACUCCCUGAAGACCUAUUACGACAAAACUCUGAAGACUGGCUUGGCCAAUUGUAACAAGGUUUACACAACAGCCCUAUUGAACUACACUAUAUGUGUGACAAAAGUGAUCGCUGACACCAACCAGUACACAGUGACAAGUCAGAACAACUUUAAUACAUAUCUGAAAAGUGCCGAGUGCACCGCAGAUGCAAAGAUCAGAACCUCCUGGCAAUGUGCCUUUAACCAGGUUUACUCCACCACCUCCAAGGUGGAAGUGGCUCUAAGACUUGUCAGCGAUUGCAUUGAAAAUAAAAAUGUGUGUGGGUUGAACUUGUGCGAUGAGGGUUGUCCCCUUCGAAAGACAGUGAGCCUUAAGGACUUCGAUCUACGCAACGAAACCCUCAAGAAUCCGUUCAAAUUCACGGACCAGCAUCCAAGUUGUAUGGAAUUGAGGUGGAAUUAAUAAAUUUUAAAGAUCAAGAAAGCAUGUUAAAUGGUUUAUAAAUUAAAGAGAAGUAAAUAAUCUGUUUUAAAGCCAACAAAUGCCAGUUAAAGAUUUAAAAAUUUAAAUAAAUAAGAGAAAUAUA